AUGUCUGAAGAACUUGACAUUGAGAAAUACCUUGCAACCGAAGCCACUCAGCUACAAAAGGAUCAGGAAGUUGAACGUAUUUUGACAGCCUUUAAAUUAAACCCUUUUGAUAUUCUUGAUCUAAAACCAGACUGUACAGAAAAAGAUGUGAAAAAUGCAUAUCGGAAAAAAUCUUUACUAAUCCACCCGGACAAGACCAAACACCCAAAGGCACAGGAGGCAUUUGCAUUAUUAAAAAAGGCGGAAAUGGAACUAUCUAACGAGAAAUCACGGCAAUUUCUCCUAGCAAUAGUUGAAGAGGCUAAAGUAACCUUGAUCAACGAACAAAAGCUAAAAAUCACUGAUCCAAUUAUUGACACACCACAAUUUAAUUUACAAAUCAAACAAAAAAUUAAAGAGAUAUUAAUAGAACAGGAAUUGCGCCGGCGGAAAUCUCUAAAAAGAGAAUUGGAGGCUCAAGGUCUGGCCGCCAAAAAGGCCGAACAAAUUGAGAAGGAAAAAAAGAGGAAAGCUGAGGAAGAAAAACUGUGGGAAGAAACCAGAGAACAGAGAGUUAACAAUUGGCGAGACUUUCAGACAAAAAAGAGUAGUUCAAAAACAAAAAAGAAAAGGAAUACGGGAAGUGAAUUUAAACCACCAAAAGUUUUGGCCGAAGAUCCCUCCAAACCUUAUAUCAAACGACCUACAAAUAAUUGA